AAUAACUUUAUAUAUUACAAGGAUUUCUGCCUACUUCGACAUUGCAGAAACCAAAGUCAUUAAAGGGUAAGACUAUUCAAGUGAGGCAAAUCACGAUAACCUGAUAAUGCACUGGGAGCCAUUUCUUGUCGUUUUGUUGAUCUUCAUAAUAGCUGAAGGUGCAACACUUCAAGAGAAUGAAGGGUUCAAGAUAUCCCCCGACAGCUUCAAAUUUAAAAGGCACAGGGAAAGAAGGGCAUCCCGCGGGAUACAACAAAAUCCUGAAGAUGAUGGGAAUGAAGGGUUCAAGAUAUCCCCCGACAGCUUCAAAUUUAAAAGGCACAGAGAAAGAAGGGCAUCGGCUAUCGCGUCCCGCCGGAUAUGUCACUACUGUAACAUAAAAGCACUGAGAAUACAACAAAAUCCUGACCCCGUUUGGGAUGAACGUUUACCAACACAAUAGUCAUCUGAGGAAAUCAACAGAGAAAGCAACAGAGCAAUAUUUUACAAUGUAUUCAAUUGUAAAUUAAAAGAUGCAAAAAUUUCAAAA